CAGCACACUCAUUCUUUCAAAUUAAUCCAACAUUAACAAAACAAAAAAUGGCAGUGUCAUCAACAACGGCAUGCAUGCCUCACAGGGAAUUAAUGCCAUCAUUAGUAAAACCUACAAAUACUACUAUCCUUUUUAAUAACUUGAAAAAUACUAAUAACACUAGUAACAUUAUUAGCACCAACAACUAUGUUACUCUUACAAGAAAGGUAACAUGUUGGAGGUUUGUAGCAAAGAGCUCCGAGGAUGCUUCGGAGACGACGGCGACAACGACAACGACAACAACAACAACGGAUGAGUCAUGGGAAGGAGAUGGUGAAAGUAGUCCAAUGGAAAUGCCCAAAGGACCUCCAUCUCUUAUCUCUGCCCUCAAUGUUGAGAAGGCUCUUCGUGGCAUUGCAAUUACUGAUGUAGACCAUUAUGCAAGAAUGGGACUCCGAAGAGGAUGCAGUUAUGAUCAGGUUGGACCUGCUUACCAGAUUAAGGUCCAGGAAUUAUCAAGCCAAGGAUUAGACGAGGAGGAACUCAACAAAGAGCGUGAGCUUUUAAAGGAAUCCUACAAUAUAUUGUCUUCUGAAGUAGAAAGGAGAUUAUACGAUUGGAGCCUAGCAAGGAGUGGGGCACCCGACAGAUAUGCAUGGCCUUUUGAGGCUGACAUAACACAAACCCCUACAGGCAUUCCUCCUCCGCGGGAACCUGAAGACGUAGGACCUACAAUAGCAGUGGGAUACUUCUUCUUAGGCUGGUUGGUAUUAGCUUUCACGUUAUCCAUCGCCCUCAACCUGUAGAGCACCAUUGCUGUGUGUUGCACUCACAUAUGCCACCCAUUCCAAUGGAAAAUAAUAUAGUGCUUGCAUUCCUUUUUGGGUGUCCUCCGAAUAUGGAAUAAUAUAGUACUUGCAUUCCUUUCUGGAUGUCCUCCGAAUGUGGAAUAAUAUAGUGCUUGCAUUCCUUUUUGGGUGUCCUCCGAAUAUGGAAUAAUAUAGUGUUGCACUGGCUGUGUGUUGCACUAUUUUAUGUUCAACUCUAUAUAUUUCUCUAUCUGUAGAGUACAUUAAAUGUAUAGAAACAGCUCUAACAGAGUUUUUGUUAUUCGUAUUAACAACUACUCUAGGAGCAUUGUAAAUACUGCUACUUCAUAUCUUCAAGAACACUUAAAUAUACCGAGUAUAUAUUUCUGUCA